AUGUCCGAUAAAACUACCGUGGUGUCCGCCACCGUGCAAGGCGUUAAAUUACACAAUGAAGAGCAGUGGAAGACAUGGUUUGGACAGAUCAAGGGCGUUGCUGAACGCAAUGGGGUCUGGCACCUCGUCGACCCCUCACUGCCGGUUGAAGACGUGAAAAAGAAGAUUCUACCUAUACCGGAGGACGACGUCGAUAUCCCUUCAAACGACGCUACCAAGGAGCAAAUGGAGAACUGGGAGAAAUGCCAGAAGCUCUAUAACGCUCGCUUCCAGAAAUGGAGCCCUCAGAACAGAGGACUUAAUGCGGUGGAAAAACACAUCUCGGACUGUGUCGACAGCACUGUGGUAGACCAAUUGAACGAUAUGGGCUUCGGUACAACCAUUGAAAAGCUUAUCUACCUAAAAGAACGCUUUGGGUGUAUAGGGGGGGUAGAUGUUCUUAACUGGACUGUUGAAUAG